AUGUUAUCUAGAGUUGCUAGAAAUUCUUCAUUAUUGAAGCAAUUACCAAAAUUAAGACAAACAACUGUUUUGCCAGUUGUUUUAAAGAAUUCCAUUCGUUUUCAUGCAACUUCUUCAGAAAAUAAAGAAAUUUUCACUAAACUUACUGAUUCUAAAGAUCCUCAACGUAAUCAAUUCUUUCAAUAUACUUGGGGUUCAUGGUUGAAAAAUGACAAGUUAAACAAGAAAAAGAGAGAAACUGUGUUUUCAAUUGAAGGUUUAACUUUAUUUCUUGAUACCAUAAAGGGUUUUGAAACCACACUUUCUCAACCAAAACAUUUACAUGGUUCAUUUGUUUUAGGUCAAAAUAAGGAUUUAUUAGGGGAAGCUGAGGAUAAAAUUAUUCUCAGAUCAAUUGCUUCAAUUCAUGAAGGUAAACAUCACCGUAUUUAUAAGCUUACUUUGAACACAGGUAGGGAUUUGGUGUUGAGAAUUCCAUAUAAAUUAGAUUCUGAUGCUGCAAUUGCUGCUAAAAUCAAAAGUGAAGUUGCCACUUUAGAUUUUUUGAACUUGAAGUUGGGAUUGAAAGUUCCAAGAGUUUUAUCUUAUGGUUCAGAUGUCUACAAUGAAGUUGGUAGUCCAUAUAUAUUGGAAGAAUUUAUUCCUGGUGAUUUGUUGAUGAGAAAAUGGCACCCAUUAAGUCCAGAUUCUGAAGAAACCAACAAGGCUUUACACGAAGUUAUUGAUCCAAUUGCUGAGUUUCAAGAUAAAUUAUUAAGUGUUACUUUUAACAAAUUUGGAUCCUUGUAUUUCCAUGAUGAUGUUGAAGGAUCAUUACAAAAUGAUUUACCUUAUGAUGGAGAAACCAAUGAAGAUUUGAAAAACAGAUGGAGAAUUGGUCCUAGUGUCGAAAGACAAUUCAGUAAAAACAAAGAAAAAUUGCCACAAAAUCUUAUUGAUGAAUUAAAUGGUCCUUGGGAUGCAUCUAAUCCAAUUGCUCUUAUGGAAUCUGUUGCUGAUAUUGAAUUAGAAAAUGCCAAAAAUAAAUUGGCUUUAAUCAAUGCUGAUGCUGGAGCAAAUGAAAAUGAUAAAGACUUGAUCAAUAAGCAAAUCAAGACUUUUGAACAUUUGAAAAAAAUCACUCCUUUAUUGAUCAAUACCAAAUCAAAAUCUAUUAUGAAUGUUGAAGAAUUAUUUAAACCAAGAUUAUAUAUUCCAGAUUUAGACCCAUUGAACGUCAUUCAACAAGGUAAAGAUGUUAAUUACUUUAUUGAUUUUGAAGGUUCCACCAUUAAGCCAUUUAUUUUGACUGGUUAUCCUAAAUUUGUUGCUUAUGAAGGUGCAAAGAUCUACAAUUUGGAAGAAGAUAUUCCUGGUUACAAUGAAUUAGAUGAAUUGGAAAAGGAACAAUAUGCAUUCAUGUACUAUAAAACCAGAAACGAAAGAAUGUGGGAAUUUGAAUUGAAUAAACACAGACAUGACUUGAUUGCUGUUGCUUCCCCACAUAUUAAAGUUAUCAAAAGUCCAUAUUUGCAAGCAUUAGACUUGAAGACCGAUAAUGACCACUUGUAUGUUGAAGGAUCUAUCGUUCAAUUACAAGCCUUAUGGGAAGCUUAUGUUGCCAACGAAUUGGUUAACUCCAAAGAUUCCAAAUUCCCAAUUGAAUAUACUGCUGAAUACUUGGAUCAACACCAACAAGAUUUAAGUGAUCAUCAAUUGGAAACUGUUUCUAGUCCAUUCUCAGCAACUGGUGGUUGGAUUCCUCAAGAUAUGUUCAAUACAUUAAAAGAUCAAGGUAUCAUUGUUGAAACUGAAGAUGGUAAUUACAAGAUUGAAACUGAAAAAGUCUUAGAAAACCCACCAAAGCCAGAAGAAAAGAAUUAA